GUUUUGUACAAAUAAUAUUUUAGUACAGGAGAAGUCGCCUACCAAGUCUAAUACAUAACAUUUUUUGUAAGCCAUUAAUGCACGUACACAGUACAUGUAUUGUAUUCCGGUAUUGACUGUCCAUGCAGCCUUGAGCAGUGUUGGGCUUCUCUCACUCUAAGAGAGUAAUCGUUAAUCUGUCUGAAGUUGACGACAAUGGAGACAAAAGAGAGGAAAGUGAUGAUAGCUAUGGACGGCAGUGUCCACGCAGAGUUCGCCUUCGAUUGGUACCUGAACAGUUUCCGAUCACCCCAGGACCUCGUCCUGCUCAUACACUGUAUAGAGAGACACGAUAAAUUCCACGCAGCCCUAGGUUCGGCAGAUGUCAAAAUGGUUUGUGAGAUAUUAGCCCAGGAGGAAAAGGAAGAGGCGAAUUUAAAGAAACAACUUGAGAAAAAACUCAUAGUAAACAAGUUGACUGGAACGGUGAAAACGGGCGUUGGUAACCCUGGGGAGAUGGUGAUUUCCACUGCCAAAAAAGAACACGCUGACGUCAUCAUCUGCGGCUGCCGUGGAUUGGGGAAACUCCGGCGGACAUUUACAGGGACUGUUAGCGAUUACAUCGUCCACCAUUCUCACGUGCCUGUUGUCGUGUGUCGUCAUCAUAGUCACAAAGACGAAAUACAACACCAGAAGUGACGUCAUUGCAGCCCCGGACAAAAUAGGAAACUGCGAGAACUCGGGAAUCAGUGGAUGGAAACCAAGGAAUUGCAAAGUCUGAAUAUGAGAGGAUUGCUUAAAGUUUCGUGUUUGCUAUAAAGAGGUUGAUGCAGUCUAUGUAUCUCGAAUCUAUACAGCAUUUGCAACAAGUAUAAUGUUGCAGUCUUCUAAAUCUGACUAUUUACAUAGGGAUAUAUAUUCCAUUUUAUUUUUAUGCUUGAAUUUUAGCAAAAUUGAAUACAUGUUUUUGAUGUUUACAUCAGUGCCAUAUUUAUUGUUGUUCACUGUCACGGAAUAAACAAGAUAAAAAAAUCUA